UAACACGAAACAGACGACAUUUUGGCUCUGUAGCUUUAACGAGCGGCUGAUUAAUAUAGGCUGUCUAUUUUGAGCCAUAGUGGGGAUGUGGCGGUUUUGUUUCUCUGUUGACAACCGGAACAAGUAAUGUAGCUGUUAAGCAGAAGGCACUGGAGUAGUUUUUGUUUUUAAGCUCCACUACCGAGCUAAUAGACUGUGUGUACAUAUGCUAAUGUUAGUUUGCGUAAUGCAGGGAAACAAACUUGUAUGCGUUAAAUGACUCGGUGAGUAUGGAGGGCUCCGACGACGAGCGGUCGAGUUGUGAAGGCGAAUACACGGUGAGAAACUCGCCGCUGAAAGAAGUAAAGGGGGAAAAAAGGGAGGAUGGGGCUGCUUCUUCGUUUGGUUUCUCGGGGAUUGACACCUUGAGCACCCUGAAGCUCCACCGAGGCAGCCAGUCGGCGGAGAAAAGCAUCCGCUACCUGCACACUUUAUGGAGUCCAGGCGCGUUACUUCAGGCCGACCCGGCUGGAGGCAAAAUAACCGUCAGCAAAGCCAGGAGACUUGGGAGAGUCCGGAGAAACCUGGGACCUGUAGGCAGAGACCUUUACGCUGUGAAGAGGCUCAGAGAAGCAGCCAAUGGCAACGACAUUGACACUGUUCGGAGGUUAUUGCAGGAUGGCGUUGACCCCUGUGCUGCAGAUGACAAGGGAAGAACUGCUUUACAUUUCUCCUCCUGCAAUGGCAAUGACAGUAUUGUUCAGCUGUUGCUAAGCCAUGGCGCCAAUCCAAACCAGCGAGACAGCCUUGGGAAUACUCCUCUUCAUCUUGCUGCCUGUACCAACCAUGUGCCUGUCAUCACUACCUUACUGAGAGGAGGUGCUCGUGUAGAUGCGUUGGACCGUGCAGGAAGAACCCCUCUACAUCUUGCCCGCUCGAAACUCAACAUAUUACAGGAGGGAGAGUCCCGUAGCUUGGAAACCUUACGAGGAGAAGUUACUCAGAUCAUUCAGAUGCUGCGUGAAUACCUGAAUGUGAUGGGACACAAUGAGGAACGAGAGAGGCUCGAGCAUAUUUCUACCCAACUACAGCACACCCGCACUAAAGAACAGGUGCGAGUCGUUUACGGGGCGCAUGCGCGAGAGUCCGCUUGGCAUGUGUGCUGUCCAGAGCACGCCCAGAAGUCUAUCUGAUGCACGUGUCAAGGCGUGCAGGUGUGACAAAAUUAGUACAAACAUUAAUGUAGAUAUUAUUAUGGCAUGUUACAAAAAAUAAAGAAGAAAUUCAGUCCUCGUCUCCAAUUUACAAGUCCUAAUGCAGUUAAUGCACGAGUCCAAGUGUGAGUCAUCAGUGCUGAAGUCCAAGUGAAGUCCUGAGUCCUUAAAAUUAGGGCACGAAUCGGACUCUAGCACUACAAAGCCUGUUCUGCUGACACCUUCUUCCUCAUUGCCAUGAAGAGGUGGCUGAGUUCAGUUUCCAAUCCAUUGUUUCAAUGUUUUUAGUUUAACAAACUAGUCAUUUACAUUAAUAUUUUGACUGACCUUAAAGUGCAUAUCACAGGUAAAUUCAGGAGCAAGAUCAAUGUAAUUAUCCUAUUUUAUAUUAAACUUUGGUCAAAUAUCUGUCACAUUUUUGCGCAAUUUUUUUUAUCUUGCGCAAUACCAGAAAUUCAGUUGAAAUCAAGCCAUUUGAGGCGAAUUGGUCCGCCUCUGAAAAAAACUUGGCAUUUGGAUUUCCUGGCAAACACUGAUUUUCAUGACGUCACGUGCAGGAGGCCUCCCUCUGAAUCCUACGUCAGCGCUGGUUUGUUUAUGAGAAAACGACCGUAUUCUUUACAUCCCCGGUGUUGUCUCCGUCGUCUCCACUACUUGAAUCAUCAUCAAAUCCAAACAGAUGAAGCCCCAGUUCUGACGUCUCAUUAUAUUCUUCAUCCAAAGGUGAAGUAACAUUGUGCUCGGGUGACAAUUCCAUAUUUCAAUGCAAAAUCGCUAGCUGCUAAACUUGGUCUACACAGGCUGUGCACUGAAACCGUGCAAGCUCACGCAGCCUGCUGGCGCUUCCGCAGGUGAUGUCACGAAUCUGGCUCCAGACUCCCUUGGGAUUUUUCCAGAUGCAUUUUAUUUUUUUUUUUCUGCUGUAGACAGAUGGCCUUGUGCAAAAUGACCCUUCUGGAUAGUGUGUAAAGGGACAUACUUUUCAUAUUUAAAAAAAAAGAAAUUGGUCCAGGAUAUGCACUUUAAAGUGCAUAUCACGGGUAAAUUCAAGAGCAAGAUUAAUGUAAUUCUAUUUUAUAUUAAACUUGGUCAAAUGUCUGUCACAUCUUGUGCAAUUUUUUACCUUGCGCAAUACUAGAAAAAUUCACUUGAAAUCAAGCCAUUUGAGGCGAAUUGGUCCGCCUCUGAAAAAACUUGGCAUUUGGAUUUCCCGGCAAACAUUGAUUUUCGUGACGUCGCGUGCGGGACGCCUCCCUCUGAAUCCUACGUCAGCGCUGGUUUGUUUGAGAAAACGACCUGUUGGUUUUCUGCAAAUUUCUUCAACGUUAUCACGUAAUUAUUAAAAUGGUUAACAGAUGUAUCGUAGGAGGGUGUAGCAACACCAAUCUUGAUGGGAUUAGUACUCAUCGUUUUCCAAAAGACCGGACAAUGAGGGAGAAAUGGGAGUGCUUGGUCUACACAGGCUGUGCACUGAAACCGUGCAAAGCUCUCGCAGCCUGCUGGCGCUUCCGCAGAUAAUGUCAGAAAUCUGGCUCCAGACUCCGUUGGGAUUUUUCUAGACGUGUUUUAUUUUUUUCUGCUGUAGACAGAUGGCCUUGUGCAAAAUUACCCUUCUGGAUGAGUGUGUAAAGGGACAUACUUUCAUAAAAAAAAAACGAAUUUGGUCCAGGAUAUGCACUUUAAAGUGCCACUCCACCAUUGGAUGUAUUCUUUGGCAUAAAAUACAAUAUAUUUUAUGACAUGACUAGACAGAGAAAUCUUUUAGCUUCAAAUGAUAUAUCAAACAC